GUAACACAAUUAAAGGUGCCCCGUGCCCCUCCUAAUUUAUUAACCAGGUACUUUAUUUCUCAACGCCCCGACGCGGUUGCGUUCUGUUGGCGUUUGUCGCUUGAACAUCAUUCUAGUAAACCCACAAUUAUUACUUCUCGCCCACUUCGUUACAUAAAACCCAACUGAAUGGAACUAAAGAAUCUGUCUAGGAUUUACUUUUCUCGUCAUGGCAAUCCUGGAGGAGCUCCCCGGUAUAGAAAUCACCGUGGUAGUCGCAGGACGCGAUGCUAUUGAGUACGAUGAUCCCGACGCGUCGGAACAUUCGAUUAGAGAGGCAGAAUGCCCUACUUCCACAAAAUACAUCGAAUGCGUCAAUGAUGCUAAUUUCGGUGUUAAGUAUCGCCUUACCAAAGAUUACGAUUGGACCUAUAAAAACCAUUGCCUUCAUUUUUCUCUCGCGGCUGAUGGGACUCGUCUUCGGGGUACCGUGAUCACCAAAGACGACUUUACCAAUGGUGAGGAUGUAACUGAAAUCUACAGUAAACGGUCGUAUAACAACAUAACACGGCGAUGGGAGGCUCAGAAAUUCAAGUUCGCCGCCGUUACAACAGUUGACGACGUGUCGAAGGAUCGCAUCAAAAGUGAUAUGAAAGUUGCCAAGAAUCUUGGAACUAUCGAGCUCAAAGUCUAUCGGUGCCGACACAAAGGGUAUAGUCUCAGCACACACGAUCAUCACAAAGCCGGCAACUCUUCUGGAUAUGAAUUAUCCGAAAAGAGUCUCAAGGGUAAAGCGAUAUCGCAUGGGACGUCCUUUUCAACACCGGAGAAAACCUAUACUCCUAGAUUCGUUGACGUGCAGGACCUCGACGAUGGGCCGGUCGCAGUGUUUCGGUUCAAUUACAGAUCAAGAGAUGCUCUUAAACGUGAGAUGAUUAUUCCUCGAUCCCCAUCUCCGAACAUUGCCCGAAUGUCGCGUGCGGAAUUGGAAAAGCUGGCCCAAGAGCGACUCGAACAGCUGCAGGAGGGUAACGAUGUGAAGGAAGAGCGCAAGCCUAUCAUCAAGCGAGAAUUAAAACGAAAGGCAGAAGAAGUUAUCGACUUGAGCGACGACAAUCCACGACCUGCGCGCUCCCCUGUAUUUGUCGAUCUGACAGACGACUAGGGCUUUAACUUGGGGCAUUGAAUUUAUUACGUAGUACGCUAAUGGGUGGACAGGCUGACAGGCUAUCAUGGAUGGGGUUCCGGUUGCUUUUGCUACCUACUACCUAGGUAGAUUAUGCCGACACCUAGGUAGGUAUGUACAUUAGGUAGCUAAUGAUAAGUAGGUGGUCCGCCUACAAAUGGAAGCUAUGGGGUAUAAUGGCUGCAGUACAAUGUCCUCCAAUGCGGGAGUUUCCGAUUUCUCAUAAGAAAUCGCCAGAGUUUACCAACUUCAGAGGGUAACCAUAAGUGGUAACUCUUAUAUUAUACCUAGUAUCGUGUGUAGGUACCGUAGUUGUAAU